AUGUGGAUCAGUGCAGGCUCUAGAGCAGCUCGGGAUCUGAUAAUUGUAUAUAGACUGGAGGGCAGCUAUUAUGGGUGGGAUAACACAGUGCGGAAACUUAUUGAUCUGGUCGAUGAUAAUGAAGUUUUGGAGUGGAAGUUGUGUCUGUACCGUCCUCUGAGAACAUGGAUCCGGGGAUCUGUCGCUCUGAUCGGUGAUGCGUGUCAUCCCAUGCUCCCGUAUGUUGCCCAAGGUGCUGCCCAGGCUGUGGAAGAUGCGGCCGCGCUCGGUGUAAUCUUGUCGGCUAUUUCAUCACGCGAGGAGAUUCCGCAUGCAUUGAGUGCUUAUGAAAGGUCCCGGAAAACGCGUGCCGAGACAGUGCAGCAGUCUGGAUCGAAGAAUCGAAUUACGUUACAUUUGCCAGAUGGGCCUGAGCAAAUGGCUCGAGACGCGCUGUUCAAGGCUUCGGGUAGCGGAAGUAACCCCGAUAAGUGGUCGGAUCGUAGGACACAAGAGUUUCUUUGGGGUUGGGAUGCAGAGAAGGCGGCGUUGGAUACUUGGAAUGGUAUGUUCCGUGAUUUCCUGGUGGUCAUGUCAUGUGCUAACUUGCGGACAGAAGAUCGAGGACAGACCAGGCUCAAUGCGAAUCUGUAG